AUGGAGUUGUUUCCAGCACAGCCAGACCUAUCUCUAAGGAUCAGCCCUUUAAAUAGCACGACCUCAUCGAGCUGGAGAAGAGGAGGGGAAGAAGAAAUGGAUUUGGGGUUUUGGAAGCGAGCUCUUGAGUCAAGAGCCUCCAUCUCUUCAAUGCCCAAGCCCGACCUCAACCUCUCUAAUCCAGCCAGGGUUUCCGACACCACCAACACCUCCGCCGCGCCCCACCACCAACACCACCACCUCCUCCACGGCGGCUUCGCCCGGCCGCAGCUGGGAGAGGAAGUGAAUUUGCUGAGGCCGAUUAGGGGAAUUCCGGUGUACCAAAACCCUCUUUCUUUCCCCUUCACACCUCAUUAUCACCACCAUCAACAGCAGCACCAUCACCAACAGCAUCAUCAUUUGGAAUCAUCUUAUAAUCACAUCGCAACCGCUCCGUCGGUGGCGCCCUACACCUCCCAAGGCCUCAUGCGAUCGCGCUUCCUCUCGAGAUUUCCGGCUAAGCGGAGCAUGAGGACCCCAUGGAUACGCUGGACCACAACCCUCCACCACCAAUGGGUUUAG